CUCUCCCCGCCUUCCCCACCUCUUCACUCUGCCUCCUCCCGCCCGUCAGAAUUUUUCACAACUGGAUCGCUGCUGCCGCCGAGUUGGAGUUUAGCGGAUUUGGACGACUUUUAAAACCCCCGCGGCUUCAAAACAAAAACGAAAAAGGUCUACAUAGAAAACUGCGUAGCCUCUUUUAAAAAAAACUGCUGAUAGGAUUGUUCCAGUACCUCCAUAUUUACAGGUCCCUACCCUCCCGAUCAACAAGCCUUCGCUCUGCCAUUUUUAAACGACAAGUAGACCCACAACACCUGGGAGAGGAGAUGGAGAGGAGGAGGGGUUCCUAACCUUGGGCUGCUGACCGCCACUGAGGAAGAAGUGCUGGAGAUUGCUGGUGAGGAGGGAGCGGGAUCCAUUGCAGAUGGCGAGGCUGGACUGGCCAGACAUAAGGAGGAUGAUGCAACUAUCCUGAAAUUAGCACAACUGAAAAGCCAUGGGUAAUUUCAAAGGACAUGCACUCCCUGGAAGCUUUUUCCUCCUAUUUGGCCUGUGGUGGUCAGUGAAAUAUCCUAUGCGGUACCUCUGCAGAAAGAAUAAGAGUGUUUGUUACUUAGUAUCAAUCUCAGGGCAUCGGCGAUUAGACAUCAUUGAGGGAAUUGUGAAAGCCAGCUUUGCACUGAUAGGCAUGAUAGCUGAGCAGUUUGUUCCUGAUGGGCCCCAUAUGAAGCUGUAUGACUAUGAGGAAAAGCAUUGGGACCACCUGAUGAAUUGGCAGCAUGCAACUAUGUAUCUCUUCUAUGGUAUCUCAGGGAUUGUGGACAUUAUAGUCCAUAUAACACCUGCAGUGCCAUUAGCCCUGGACAGGCUCAUGCUUGCCAUUGCCGUUUUCAUUGAAGGUUUUUUGUUUUAUUACCAUGUCCAUGGGCGUGCGAUGCUUGACAUUCAUGUGCACAUCCUGCUGUUGGUGGCAGUGUUUGGUGGUUCCAUUAGCAUCUUUCUUGAAGUCUUCCUCCGGGGGAAUAUAGUACUGGAGCUUUUGAGGACAAGCCUUUGUAUACUGCAAGGCAGCUGGUUCUGGCAGAUUGGAUUUGUUCUGUAUCCUCCAAAUGGAAGCCCUGAAUGGGACCAAACCAGCCAUGACAAUAUGAUGUUUAUUACCAUGUGCUACUGCUGGCAUUAUGCCUUUUCACUCCUUAUUGUGGCUGUUAGCUAUGCUAUUGUCAGUUGUGAAUACAGGCCUAGAAAGCCCAAUCUCUCCUCAAACGACAAUCCUGCCAUCCCAGGAAUCAGUCUAGGUGAACCUUUGCUGCACUCCUUGUAUGGGUGAUUCAUACAAAGUUAAAACAGGUUGAACCUAUGGAGAUGGGACUGUUGAAAUCAUUUGAAAAAGAUCAAGAGGCUGAGGAAGAAAUAUAGCCUGAUAAAUAUUGUAGUUUCCUACCAUUGUGCCUUUAUUUAUUCUUUAUUGCAAGAUUAUACCCUUUAAGAGUCUUGAAUAGUUUCUGAUGUUAACCCCUUUCACAAGCAUAAACCUGUGUCUACAAUGGAGCAAAUAUAUUGAACUGCCUUGUGUUUAUACAUGGGAAUGGACUGAUUUAUCUUAUGUACAUUUCUGUACUGCUGUCUUUAAUUCCUGAGAAAUCAACUAGUGAAAAGGGCAACAUUUGCAACUUUACAAUAAUCAAAACUUAAUACUGCUCUCCAGUGACCGGUGAAAGAGGAAAUACAUCCUUUCAUACUGACAAUCUGUCUUUAUUUCUUAUGUUUUAGAGCUCAUGACUAUGAAUGAGCAAGGCUAAAAGAAAGUUAUGACCUUCCUGAUGAUAAUGCUUCAAAAGAACUUAAAAAGUGCAAGCUACAUAUAUAACUUUUAAAUAAAGAUCACGGGGAUGAAAUUGAUCUUUGCCUGUAAUGCAGAAAGGGUGCAUAGUAAACCUGUUCCCCAUUGUACAUCCAUUGAAAAAGAGAAUUGAAUGCUGUGUAAAAUGAGCUGCUGAGUCACCAUGAGGCCAUUUUACACUAUUGACAAAAGUCAAAUAAAGCUUUAGGUGUUAGAAACUAACAGUUAUAAUUAAUGAGAAUGGUGAUUUAUAAACUUCCACUUACACAUAGUGCAAAUUAAAAAAUGCAGGAAACAUCUAUGUAUAGCAGCUCGAAUGUUUUUGUUUCAAUCCAGGUUCUAAUCCUUAAAUCUGCACCAAUGAUUUGAGGUGAUAUGUGUAUCUAUGGGAUGCCGAUUCUGAUUUAUAAUAAUUUUAGUGUUUUUUAAAAUGUGCCCCUGAUGAAGUAAGCUUUAUAGUAUUGAAAAUAUGUCACUCAGAGAUAGAUAUGUAUGAAGACAUUUGACAUUGUGAAGAAUCUUAAAAGUAUAUCCUUUCUGAAUACCUAUAGUAUGGUCUAUAUUAGCCAGGCUCAAUCCGCUGUCAACCGCAGUGUACUAGUGCUAACCCAUGAGGAAGGCUAUGUGUCCUAGAUCCUUGAAGUUGGAAUUGUUCAUGAUAGGACCUUGCUCAUUAAUAUGAUCUUUCUGAUAAUUACAUCAAAUUCAAAGAGUGCAAACUUCACAAAGAAUUUUUUAAAUAAAGAUCACCAGAAUGGAAUUGGUUUUAGCCAGUAAUGCAGGACCAGUGAACUAGCAACCUGUAUUAUAACCAUUGGAAAAAGAAAUCAAGUGAAAUAUAAAAUGGGCUGUGGAGUCGCCAUAAGGCCAUAUCAUCCUGUUGUCAAAAACAAAGUUUCACCUCAGCAAACAGACUUAAAAUGUCUGCAAUAGCAUCAUUGCAAAGUUUAUUACAGAGCUUCAUUCUGAAGCAAUGUUUAACAUCGUGGGGGAAGACUUCAUUAAAUCACAAAUGUGUUCCUUAAAAAUGAAUUUAUGCUUUUGUUCACUAUUUCCUCUGUUCACCAGUUCAUUGUCAUAGUGCCCACACUCCUUUCCAAUUAAUGCUGGCACCAUGUCCCACCCUCUGUUCCCCUUAUGUCCAACAACAAAAUUCCUGGAUACCCUUCUCACUUCUUGCUCCCUAUACAAAUGCCACUCAUGUGUGUCACACCCCCUACCUGAGUAGUGCUGCUCCUAUUAAUUCUGGUACCGUCCUAGUAAAAGCAGAAUUGAUUGACAGUUACAUGCUAUGGGAGCAUUUAAUCUUUUUUGCUUAUAUCAAGUCAGAAACAGGAUUUAAUGGGAUGGACGGCAACACUUGGGUAGGGGAUGGGCUGGGACUGACUCUAGGACCAGUGUUAGGGGCCCCACAAUUGGGCAAAAACUUAAAGUGGGCAUACACCAUAACCUUAAGUAAAUUCUUCACCCAACUUCUACAUGAGAACAGGAAGCAAUGAUAGAUAACCUGAAAAUUGGAGACGUGGUACAUAAAAUUUAAUGCAAGAAAUGAUAUUAUAGUUCAGUACUCAACCUUAGAUUGGCCAUCAUAUUUCAAAGUCCUUGUGAUUAAGAAUUUGUAUGAAAUGUAAUUUAAACUGAUCAAUAUUCUAGAUUGUUCUGAAACAUGCCAGAAUACUAUUAUUUAGGGGUUUCAUGACGGCAUGUCUUCCAGAACAUAAUUGAUGGACACUUUCGUAGCAUUUAAUAAUCCGUGACUAGUUGCAGAAUGAAAAAGAGGUUUGAGCAUUCACAAAAUAUUCUUUUUUUCAGAUACAGUUUGCUCUCAAGCCCAUUUUAAAACCUUUCUGUGCAUUCUCCCAAAUAUUUUCCACUCCGACACGUUUAUGUACUCAAUUUUAAAAUGUUAAAUGUUCACAGAAAAUCAUAUUUAUAAAUAAUUUACAAGAUAAUUGUUAAUGUUUUGAGAACCUUACAUGAUGUGUAGCAUGUAAAGGAUAGAACAUAAAAGCUUGAAAAGAUAAAAAUAAAUUCACCAUUGUAAGUUUUUGUAGAGUAAAAUUUUAUAAACAAAUACAAUUUGGAUACACUUAGCUUUCCCUCUUUUAUAAUAGAUUAUAUAUUAUAGUCAAAUAAGCAGUAUGUACCUCAAACAAAAUUAAUAUUUAUUUUCUAUGACUGAAAAAAAUAUAUUAUUUAGUUUUCUUACUUUGUGAAACAUGUACAACCUUUGGAGUUGAUUCAGUUCUUAACUUAAUUUAAAUGUUGUCUUGUAUGAUGUGUACUUGAUUCAGUUUGUUAAUCAGCCUGUUUACAAUGCAAUAUUGUUCAGCAAGGACCAAAAUAAAAUUUCCAAAAUGCUUAGUUUUUAAAAUAAGUGUUAAAUAUUGGUUGAUCAUGAAUCGGGUUGUUUUCCAUUUAAUUGUACUACAAUGAGAUAUACUAAAUUUCAUAGGCUUAUGCUGUAUUUAAUAUUUGUUGUUGGGAAGAAGUAUUUCUGUUGAAAAUGGAAAAUUGUACUGUUCUUAGAUACUUAUAUGAAUAUAUCAUUGUGUUGUCAUAAUGCAGUCAUACUAUUGGUGAAGGCUUAAAAAAAAUGAAGAUUUUCUUUUUCAACUUUAUUCAACAAGGAAUUGUCAAAAGAUUUUUGUUCAUUUUUGAAGAAUGCUUGCAGUUCAUGCUUAAUUACUGCUGACUUCCGAAGUUACUGUAAUAUACUUAUAUCUGUGAAUGAGGAGUCUCUACCUUGUGAAAAAGAAUAUUAAAAUCACUGUUCUUAAAUGUACUUACCUUUUAUUGUUCCAUAAAUUGUGUUCAAUUAA